AUGGACGGCUCCCACUACCCCUCUAAUGUCAUAGGCACAUCGGCACCUAGCUAUCCGUCGCCAGCAGCAAUCUCACCUCAUCAACUCCAGAACGGUCACCUGCCUCCUCACACUCUGCCGCCUCUACAGCCCCAGAAUCCGGCCAUGCAGUCCAUCUACGGUAGUCACCCUCACACCCCUCGCACCCCGGGCACUUCGGGUCCUCCCACCCCGACCAACAACAUGAGCAGCUAUCCUCCUCCCCCCCAGAAUAACAAUCGGGGUGGAUACCAGCAGAUGAUGCCCAACCCUUACCCGCAGUCGCACCAGGGCUAUGGUACUUCGGCUUCCAUGAUGCCGCAGUCCUCGGUUGCACAGUCCCACCCGCAGCCUAUUGCGCCGGCGCCGGCAACCCGCCCGCCCGUCCUGCGCCCCAUGCCGGCCGGUGGGGUCAUGCCCCAGUCCGGCCUGUCCUCGCCCUACGGACAGAGCCCCCUCAUGCCGCACCAGCAGUCCAUCCUGCAGCAGGAGGCUGAUCAGCCAACUCACGUCGUUGGCUCCCAGGGUCGCCGCGGCAUCCUUCCGAGCGCUCCUGGCCGGCCUGCCGCCCCGACUGGCCCCGGCGCCGGCAAGAGCACUGUGAUCCCCCAGAAGGAUGCGGACGGCAAAUUCCCCUGCCCCCACUGCACCAAGACCUACCUCCACGCAAAGCAUCUCAAGCGCCAUCUCCUUCGCCACACCGGUGACCGCCCAUACAUGUGCGUGUUGUGCCGGGAUACGUUUUCUCGUAGUGAUAUCCUCAAGCGACACUUCCAGAAGUGCUCGAUUCGACGAGGCAAUCCUACUGGGGCGAGCCAUCUGUCUCACCCUUCUGCUCACGUUAAGAAGCACCAGGCUGCCCAGGCCAAGGCCGCGGCCGACGGUGAACUGAACCAGAUCAACGGCAUGAACAGCAUGCAAGGCAACGGCAUGCAAGGCGACAACGUCGUGCACCCCUUCGGCAUGGUCCCCAUGUCUGACGGUAUGCCCAACAUGAGCAACGACCAGAGCCAGCUGUCGCGAUCCAGCAGCAUCAGCCGCAUGGAUGACAACAACCGCGACCGACGAAGCAUGACUGGCGGAGGCUCGGUCUAUGGUAAUGAUGUUCAGAGCUCCAUGGCUUCCAACAUCAACCCUCAGUUGGCCAACUACAACAUGCCCCAGAGCCAGAACGGCAUGCAGAUGUUCGCUGGGUCGAAUUCAAACCAACAGAACCUUGAUUGGUCCAUGUUCCAGGCUGGUGCGCAAGAUACCUACAACGCAAACUCAUUUCAACCUCCUAAUCUUGGGCAGACGCAGGUCGGAACGAAACCAGAACAUCAUAAUCUCGACGCCGCGAGAGCCGCCGUGAACGACAUGAACGACCGAUCGCUUUUCUUUUCCAAUUGGAUCACCACACCCACGAUUCAAGAUCCGUACCAGUAUAUUUCGAACCAGAUACAUACCUUCUUCCACCCUCCUGGGACCGUCAUCACCAACCAAACGGCUGGUGUCACCGCCUUCUUUUCGCCAACCAAUAUCAAAGACUUCCUCGAGCAUUAUAGUCACUACCAUUGUCACUUUGCAUUCCUGCAUAUUCCAACUUUCCGCAUUUUGGAGGCUUACACUGGCCUUCUCGCCAGUAUGUGCUGUGCUGGGGCGUGCUACUCAAGUCGCGCGUCACCCGAACAGGUUCGCGAGUCCAUGAAUUUCUUGAAGAUAGCCCUCGAGCGCGACUCCAAUCUGUUUUCCGGUAGCGCCAUGUCCGACACCAAACCCAGCGCAGAUACCUCAAGCGCUGCCAAGGGAGAGAUAGAGAAAUUGCAGGCUCUCGUGCUCAUGUCACAGCUCCUGGUCUGGAAUGGGACGCCAAUGCAGCGCGACAGUGCCAGGCGCCUAUUUCCCCAGGUUGCCGACAUUGCCCGCAAGCUCGGUCUUUUGCAAGUGUCUUCUUCGCCAGACUUGUACAGUGUUCUGCAUCAGCCGAAUCUCGCACUUUCAAGUGUCACUCCCGACAACUUUGACUGGCAUGUCUGGAUUCGCCAGGAAAGCCGUAUCAGGCUAAUGUACAUGCUGUAUCUGUCCGACGUCGCGUAUGGGCUUUACUUCAACUUGGACGCACAAUUCAGCAAUUCGGAGAUGCACAUCCCUUUGCCCUCCGACGAUGCUGCUUGGGAGGCAUCUACGUCAACUGAGUGUGCAGAAGCCCUUCAUCUAUACGGAUCUGAAGCUGCAAGACUACGGAACCCAGACGGGUCCCAGCGAAGCAAACAACCGGAGCUCAACUUGGCCAUGCGGGCACUAUAUCAUGAGUCUUACCAGAUUCACCCUGGCAGCACAAAUCUUUACGGAAAGUUCAUUCUCAUCCAUGCAUUGUUGGCCCAGAUUCGCCGUGCGCAGCUAGAAGGCAGCUCAGUCAACAUUAGCCGGUCGGCCACGCCCCUAUCGCAAAGUGAUUGGGCCUACAAAAUGGAAGCGAAUGUCAAUGGUAGUGCAAACAACAGCGGGCGAGCGACUCCUGUUCCCGGUCAGCCGCCGCUCAUCUCCUCACAAGUCUACAAGUCCAUCUGCGUUGCCCUCGACAAAUUCAAAUCCAACUGGGAUAUGGACAUGGCGAUUCAGUUCCCGCCUACCUUCUCAAACUCAAGGCGCUACGGCUUUUCACGCGACGGCAUCCACUUCUAUUACCUCGCCAAGUGGUUGUUGAAAUCAACUGACGCGAACGACCUGCGCGCGUCUGCCGAUCGUCGGUUUGCGCAAGUCAUUCAGUUCCUCAAGAACGUGAAGACUUGGGUUCUGGAAGAUGGCGCCAAACGUGGCGAGGAACUGGGGUCCGUAGGCGAGAUUGACCAUGCAUACGGCGUUACGGACCUGACACUCAACAUGGCCGAUUUGUUCAAGCCCCUCCCCCAGGUUGUUCAGUCACCUCACAUGCCUACAAUCAAGACGGAUAUCUGA